AUUUAAAAAGAUUGAGAGAAAUCUUGAUUCUGUUAGGGUGACAAAAAAAAAAAAGUUAGGUGGUGUGUAUAUAUACUACGGCAGGAAUGAAUGUGAAACAGAAAUAAUCAAAUCUUUCGUCAAUGGAGCCUGAUGUGGUGGAGAUCGCUCCUCCUCUGUUCCCUUCUGGUUCGAGAACUCGAAAACCUAGAAAGGCUGGAAUUCCUGAAGUGAUCGAUGUCGAACAAUAUGAAUUCCGCAAUGGCGGCAUUGUUAGUAAUAACAAUGCUAACCUUGUCGAUAAGAAGAACAAAGGGAAGGCUGUACAAGACGGCUCCUUUUACGGUCAAAACCCGUUUAGUCAUUUUGCUGAUGUAGAAGAAGUGGUGAUGUCUACUACACAACCUUUGGGGUUCCCGAGUUCUAGCAGUUCGAGAUCAAGAAGAAGACAUUUUAAUCGUGGUGCUUCUGCUAGCUCUUCUCGCCCUAGAGCAGCUGUGGAGGUUGUUCCUUCAGCUCAGGCUAAUUUUCUGAGGGACUUUAAAAGAUUUGACACUGUUGAGGAUUUCUCAGAUCAUCACUAUGCUUCUCAGGGGAAUGCUUCAAAGCAGCACUCAAGGACUUGGGUGAAAAAGAUUCAAGCAGACUGGAAGAUUCUUGAGAAUGAUUUGCCAGAGACAAUAUCUGUGAGAGCUUGUGAAUCAAGAAUGGAUCUUAUGAGAGCUGUAAUUGUUGGAGCUGAGGGAACUCCUUACCAUGACGGUCUUUUCUUUUUCGAAAUUCACUUCCCUAAUACUUAUCCUUCAGUGCCACCAAUUGUUCAUUACCAUUCCGGUGGGCUUAGAAUAAACCCUAAUCUGUACAACUGUGGUAAAGUAUGCUUGAGUCUUCUCGGUACCUGGAAUGGUAACGCUAGGGAGAGAUGGCUUCCACAGGAGUCCACAGUGUUACAGCUUCUAGUCUCGAUCCAAGCACUCAUCCUGAAUCAGAAACCAUACUUCAACGAACCUGCCUACGGGAGGACCAAGGGGACUCGAUCAGGCGAGGCUCAUUCCAAAGUUUACAGUGAGAACGUCUACAUAUUGUCGUUGAAGACGAUGGUUUACAGCAUGAGGAAACCACCAAAGCACUUUGAAGAGUUUGUUCGUAGCCAUUACUUUGAGCGGGCUCACGAUAUAGUGAAAGGGAGCAACGCUUAUAUAGAAGGAGCUCCUGUUGGUUCUAUAGUUAAAGGUGGUGUCCAAGACAUUGAAGAAAGUAGUGAGAGUGGGUCCAUGAAGUUUAGGACCGAAGUGGCUAGCUUUAUGAAGACAGUUGUGGAAGAGUUGGUUAAGUUAGGAGUGAAGGAGCUUGAAGAUAAACUGAAACCACCACCUAAAGCAGAGAGUAACUGUAAGAGAAGCAAAACAUCGAGGUUGAGUUUUUAUCUUUAUUGUUUUGUGUUUGUUGGGUAUAUGGUGAUAACAUCAAAGGAAUCUCGAAUAUUGGAUGCUGCCUUAUCUAACACGGACGGAGUAGAGAAGUCCUGAUUUUCUUUUCAUUUUUAAUCUUUA